AUCCACGAAACGUGUAACUCAGCCUCCACCACUCUCUAUAUAUACUCUAAUCAGAGGGAGGAAGGAUAAUCAAAUACACAUCAGAAACACAGAGAGAUAAAGAUCUAUCUAAGGGGCGACUGUGUAAUAUAGAAGAGAACACAGUAAAAUUAUAUCCAGGCAGAGAAGAAAAAAUGGAGAUGAAAAGCAUGAGCACGGCAGCAGUACUUGUUGCUGUUGUUUUGGCAUCAACUGUGUUGCAGAGCACAGAUGCUGCGAAUUACACCGUGGGAGACACCACUGGCUGGAGGGUCCCUCCCAGUGGUGGUAAUAGUGACUUUUAUGAUGAAUGGGCUGACAAUAAGAACUUCUUCGUUGGGGAUAUCCUCGAGUUCAACUUUACUACCAACAUACAUAACGUUGCCGAGGUGACCGAAGCUGCUUACGACAGAUGCAACGGUACCAAUCCCAUCUCCAUACACAGUACCGGUCCGGCAAGCAUUACCCUUAACAGGACCGGUGAGUACCACUUCAUUUGCACUGUCCUAGGUCACUGCACCGGCGGACAAAAGCUAAGCGUGGAUGUCCAAAGUGGCCCCGGGACUAAUUCGACACCUGGUUCAACCCCCAACGGCGGUUCCUCUAGCUCAGCCUCAUCCCCUGUUGCCGCCGUCUCUGUUGCCAUCACGUCCGUCGCCUUAGUUCUGCUAUGCUAAUUUAUGUUCAAUCCUUUUGCUUGUUUUCUUUUCUAUGUUAUCAGUUCAGAGUUGUAGCGUAUAAGAGAGACCCUUUGGAUUCGUUUUGAUUGUUUUAGUGAUGGUGGAGUGUAGUGUUUUUUUUUAAUAAAACGUUCGAUCCAUUCUAUUUCUGAAAAA